AUGCCGUCGUUACUGGUGGUCAUCUUCGUGUUGGAGCUGGCGGUGCAGCUUAUCAACACCAUCGGCGCAACGACGAUCAACAAUUUGAUAUGGCGAAUCUACCUCUCCCUCCCAACACCGCUCGCGAAGCAGUACACCGAGCAGCGAAAACUACAAAAGAAUUACCUGGUCGUGCGCCAUGACCUCAACGCGACAAGCAGCCAGGACGAGUUUGCCAAAUGGGCGAAGCUGCGCCGGCAGCACGACAAGUUGCUAGAGGAGCUGGAGAAGAAAAAAUCCAACCUCGACGCCUCGCGCACAACCUUCGACCGCUACCUAACCGGCGUCCGCCUCAUCUCAACCCGCGGCGCACAAUGGCUGCUCCCCAUGUGGCACGGCAAAACGCCCAUGUUCUGGCUCCCCUACGGCUGGUUCCCCUACUACAUCGAGUGGUUCGCGUCGUUCCCGCGCGCGCCGCUGGGCAGCGUCAGCAUUGUGAUGUGGCAAUCGGCAUGCACGGCCAUUCUGACGCUGGUGAUGAACACGGUGGUGGGCAUCUUGGGGCUUGUUGCGGCGAGCCGGCAGGCGGCGCAGGAGAAGAAGAGGAAGCAAAAGCAGAAGGAGAAGCCGGUACCUGCUGCGGCGGGUUCAGGGAAUGACGAGGGGAAGAAGGAAUUAAUCAAGUCCCUCCUCAUCUUUUUCGGCCCCAUGCUUCUCCCCAAAGCCAUCAGCUACUACCGCCGCGCCCGCGCCGCCCCGCGCGCCCACGGCCUCACCAUCCGCCCCCUCCCACCCCGCAUCACCCGCGCCGUCGCCAUCCUCCUCGCCGUAGCAACCGUCUUCCUCCUCCGCACCCUCCCCCCCUUCGCCCCCGAAAACAUCUUUCGACUCACCCAAUCCCGCCUGCAAAUCCCCGCCGACGUCCUCUUCAACCGCCUCGCCGCCCUCCGCCCAGACCACACCCUCACCCUGCGAGACCUCCAACUCCGCGCGAAAUUCGCCUCCCUCGAAUCCCGCCUGCUCUACCUCCAACACGGCCCUUCCGUGCUCGCGACAUGCCCCUUCUGUUCCUCCGAUGACCCCCGGUCGUACUUCUAUUACGCCCUCCCCGACCUGCUGACGCCACACCUGUUUAACCUCACCCUCAUCGCCCUCGUAACAUCUACCUUAUUCACGGCUUCCCGGACAGCGUCCUCCUGGCGUCGCGUGGCCACCCUGACGGCCGCCGCCCUCGCACUGGCCGAUUGCUACUGGGUUUCCUCGUACAACCCGCACGUCCACAACCCGCGUGCGUUGAGGCUCAACGAAAUCGAUUUCUUCUUCUGGACCGCGCGGGCCGUGCGCUUAGGCGGGCUAGCCACGCUGGAUAUCCUGCUCGCGCUAGCGCUCUACCUCUCCGGCACGCGCCGGGCGUUUGUACGGCCGCCCUCUGCAGCAGAUCGCGUGGAAAGAACAACAGCGGCGUUGCUGGGUGCGAAGAGGAGGAUGAAUGCGGCCGGGGUGGUGAAGAAUACGGUGGUGAGGGAUGAAGGGUUGCGGGGGAGGAGUGUGGCGUAUUGGACGCAUGAGGCGAGGUUGACGAGGGAGAUGAUGGAGGAACGGGAGGUGGUGGAGGGAGUGAAGGAUGCGUUGGCGAAUCGGAUUGAUAUUGGAGGGGUGGAGAGGGAUGCGGAGGCUUAUGCGAAGGCGGUGCUGUUGCCGUUGGCUAAGGAGGAUGGAGACAUGGCGAUGAUACACAAGACCCGGUCCGCCCACCUUAGAAAUAUAUUUGGGUUCCUGAAUUCUGGUAAUACCACUUUAUUUUACCACAUCCGCUAG